AUGGGUCUUUCAGAGUACUGGCAACACAAGGCCGACUGCAACCGCAAGCAGUCGGAGCGCGCCUCCAAGAUUGCCACGCUGCCCGCCGCGUAUCAGUCGCCUCUGUCUGCUCAAGAACGCUCCAUCCUCGGCAAGCCCAUCCAGGAGCUGGUGCAGGAUGUCCGCAAGCAAAUCACCAGCCCUGUCGACAUUCUGCGCGCAUACGGCAAGGUCGCCGUCAAGGCACAGGAAAAAACAAACUGCCUCACCGAGAUUCUGUUCCCCGAGGCCGAGGAAUGGGCGGAGAAGGAGGUGAACCUCAAAGGCCCGCUGGCGGGUAUUCCGGUUUCGCUCAAAGACUCGAUCCACGUCAAGGGCUUCGACAACUCCGUCGGCUACUCCAGGAACACGGGCAAGCCAGUGACGGAAGAUGGAGUCAUGGUCAAGAUACUCAAGGACGCGGGUGCGGUGCCCUUUGCCAAGACCAACCUCCCCACCACGCUGCUCUCGUUUGAAUCGACAAACGACGUCUGGGGCCAGACCAAGAACCCCCACAACGACAAGUACUCGCCAGGCGGCUCAACUGGCGGCGAGUCUGCGCUGUUGGCCUUUGGCGGCAGCCGCAUCGGCAUCGGAUCCGACGUUGCGGGCUCUGUCCGCGCCCCCGCCCACUUCUCUGGAUGCUACUCGAUACGCUGCUCUACCGGCCGCUGGCCCAAGGUAGGCGUGAGCACGAGCAUGGCCGGCCAAGAAGGCAUUCCCAGCGUCUUCAGCCCCAUGGCCCGCACGCUGAACGACUUGACCUAUUUCACGCGCAGCUUCAUCCAGAUGAAGCCCUGGAACUACGACUACACGGUCCACCCAAUCGAAUGGAGAGAAGACGUCGAGACCGAGUUCCGCGACAAGAAGAAGCUCCGCAUUGGUGUAAUGCGAACAGACGGCGUUGUAGACCCAUCACCGGCAUGUGCGCGUGCUCUCGACCAGACUGCCCAGGCGCUUGCUGCCGAAGGCCACGACGUCUUUGACGUUGAGCCGCCAUCUCCCUACGAAGCUCUGCAGAUAGCAUCUCAACUCUUGCUCAGUGACGGCGGCAACAUUUUCAUGAGCCAUUUCCGCACCGGAGAGUGGAACGACCUUGGUGCCGCGCAAAUGGUCAAGUACAUGCGUCUGCCUCGCUUCAUCAAGUACAUGCACUACCUCUACAUCAAGUACAUCAAGGGCGAUCCAAUCUGGGCGGGCUUGCUGCAAGAAUGGAACCCAAAGUCUGCACACGAGUACUGGCAGCUCGCCGGCAAGCGUGAGGCAUUCAAAGCGAAAUUCUUCAAAUGGUGGGCCGAAGAAGCCAAAAUGGAUGUCAUGAUUACCCCUCCAAACGCGACACCGGCCGUGCCCCAUGGCGGUAUGCAUGAUGCAGUCAGUAGCUGUGGCUACACCUUCUUGUUCAACUUGCUCGAUUACUCGGCCGGUAUCAUACCCGUAACCCACGUUGAUCCCGCCAAGGACGCUCUACCCGCUACAUUCGACAUGAAGAAACUCAACGGUGUUGCCAAGGGCGCAUACAAGCACUACGAUGCUGAAAAAAUGGCUGGUCUGCCCGUAGCCAUCCAAGUCGUUGGAAAGCGGCUGGAAGAGGAAAAGGUGCUGGCUGUCAUGGAGAGAGUGGAAGAUGCUCUUGACAAGCAUGGUGGGCGGUACGAGCUCUUGGAGGUGGAUUGA